AUGCUGGGCCUGGAGGGCCCCUGCUGGGUGGGCCUGGGGCCCGAUGGGGGCCUGGCUGUGAGUGAGGAGUUCGGGGACGUGUGGCUGUUUGGCAGUGCCCGCCAGCCCCUGUGCUCCCUGGGAGACCUGACUGAGCACCACGUUGGCACCCUGGCAGGCGUGUGCACCGACGCAGCGGGCAGUGUCAUUGUGGCGGACGAGCAGCAGCGCCAGGUGACCCUGUUCCCCUGGGCCAGGGCGCCCAUCUGCCUGGUGUCCAAGGGGCUGAGGUGGCCCCUGGGUGUGGUUGUGCCCCAGGGCCAGCUCAUGGUGGCGGACGCAGAGGACGGCUACAUCAAAGUGUACCAGUCCCACUUGGAAUUGGCCUGA